AUGUUCAAGCUCCUUGCUGGUCUUGUCGCGCUCGCCUUUGGCGCUUCUGCGGCUCCUUUUGAUAUCCCACCUGGUCUCGGCAUCACUGUUGUCGAUGGAACUCCUCGCGUCGUCUCCGGCGCUACCCUCGGCGUCGUCAUUCCUCGCGAUGUUACUGCUCCUCAGGGCUUCAACAUCACGAGCAUUGGCGUUAAUGGAUCUGGUUGCCCAGCUGGAACUGCGUACUAUGUUCUGAGUACCGACCGCACGGCCGUGACCAUCACCUUCUCAAAUUUUUAUGCCAUGGCUGGUGACGGUGCCGCCAUCUCCGACAACCGCAAGAGCUGCCAAGUCACCCUCGGCACGCGUGUUCCAGGUGGAUUCAGCUACGGUAUUGCCACCGUGGACUACCGUGGAUACUACCAACUCGAUGCCAACGUUACCGCCACUCAGCAAUCCAUCUACUACUUCCAAGGUCAAAUCACCCAGGCUACCGCCCGCUCUUCGCUCAAGGGCCCCAUUGCUGGUGCCGAUUAUACCUACCGUGACCAGUUCGACUUGACGACCACUGUGAUGAGCCCAUGCGGCGCCGACACUGUCCUCAACAUUGCAGCUUCGCUCCAGGUCAGCAACUCUGCGAACAAGAAGGGGAGCGGAUACAUCGCCACCGAUUCGAUCGACACCAAGUUGGCCCAGACCUUCAACUUCCAAUGGCAGACGUGCACGAAGUAG